AGACAAAAGGUCCCCCCAUUUCGAGUUGUGUCACUAACAGCAGCAGGCUGGCUCCUCCAAAUAACACGUUUUCGUGCUUUCCCUCAUCUUCUUCUUCGUCUUCUCCUUCAACUCGAGCAGAGAGAAGGGGCGGAGACGACGUGAGAAACGGCGAAAAUGGAGAGCAACCCCUGCGGGGACAACGACCAAAAAACGAAGGAGACGAGAAGAGCUCGGUUCUAUCGAUUCUCGCGACGCUUUCACAUAGGAUGUUGCUCUGUUGCUGUUGGCCACUGGGAAAAUGUGCAAAGGUGCUAGCAUGCUUCGACACGCUGAUCGUCGCCAUAUUCGCCUACAAAUCCUUCAUCAUCCUUAUGGAGACUAUGAAUCAUAAUUUGCAUUGGACGACUGUGAUAGCCUUCUUAUUCUUCAGCAUGUUCCUGAUCUGCGAGAUCCUGGGGACUAUAUUUAUAAUUUUGGCGGCGCAGAAGAAAAUCGCAAGAUAUUGUAUACCGAGACUCGUGCUAAUUGCCGGUCUCACCGUGUGCUCACUAAUUGUGCUCAUCUUUAUGGUCACCUACUUCGCAGGCUCGGCGGCGUCGGUGAACACGUUCCUGUUCCGUGUCUACGAGUAUUUCUUUAAUGAGACGCUGGAAGACACGGAGAAAGUAGAGCUCAAACAUGAGUUGAGGUAUUAUGGUGCAUCGUUUUUUGUGCUCGCAGCCACGUUCUUCAUUUACAACGUGUUCGCUCUCUGGUUGACAAUCAAGUUUAAACAAUCUCUCAACGACUUCGAGCCGGUGCCGACUGAGCCAACUGCUCCGCAACUUGCUCAUAAUCCGGCUUACGCUCAGCCACCGCUUAAAUCCUAUCCAAAUAUGGCGUGAUUUUCAGCUUCUCAGAUCUCAAGAGACUUGACUCUUUACAAUGAAAUAUUGCUUUUUC